CUCAGCCUAUUGAAGACCCUCUGGCAACAUUCAGUUGCAAUCCACUCUUGGAUGUGCACCCUGUGACUGUGGUGGCAGUGGGUGCUGGCCUCCCGCACAACCUCCGACAGUUAAGGAAUCGAAGAAGCUCCCACCUCUUACCUCUCAUCUGCCACUGGAUUCUCAGCAUCCUUGACAUCACUCACAAAUUCAUGAAUUAGCGCAGAAACUCCAAGGUGUGAGAAAGGAAUUGGACUGAAAUAGUCUGAGCUGUGCUGAGCACCAGGCAUGGCGCAAUACAAGGGCACCAUGCGGGAGGCUGGCAGGGCCAUGCACCUGAUCAAGAAGCGGGAGAAGCAGAAGGAACAGAUGGAGGUGCUGAAGCAGCGCAUCGCUGAAGAGACCAUCAUGAAGUCGAAGGUGGACAAAAAGUUCUCAGCUCACUACGAUGCCGUGGAGGCCGAGCUCAAGUCCAGCACGGUGGGCCUGGUCACCCUGAACGACAUGAAGGCCAAGCAGGAGGCCCUCCUGAGGGAACGCGAGAUGCAGCUGGCCAAGAAGGAACAGCUGGAAGAGCGCCGGCUGCAGCUGGAGUUGCUGCGCGAAAAAGAGCGCAGGCUGGAGCGUAAGCGCAAGAUCUCCAACCUGUCCUUCACGGUGGACGACGGCGACGGCGAUGACCACUGCGAUGACCGAGGCGACGAUCGCAAUGAAGGCGGCAUGACCGAGGCCAGCAAGAGCAAGAAGAACCUGGGCAAGAAUCCCGACGUGGACACGAGCUUCCUGCCAGAUCGUGACCGUGAGGAGGAGGAGAACCGGCUCCGAGAGGAGCUGCGCAAGGAAUGGGAGGCCAAGCGCGAGAAGGUGAAGAGCGAGGAGAUGGAGAUCACCUUCAGCUACUGGGACGGCUCGGGGCACCGGCGCACCGUGCGUAUGAACAAGGGCAGCACCGUGCAGCAGUUCCUGAAAAAGGCGCUGCAGGGGCUGCGAAAGGACUUCCGCGAACUGCGCUCGGCCGGCGUGGAGCAGCUCAUGUACAUCAAGGAGGACCUCAUCCUGCCCCAUUACCACACCUUCUACGAUUUCAUCAUCGCCAAGGCCAGGGGCAAGAGCGGUCCGCUCUUCAACUUCGAUGUGCACGAUGACGUGAGGCUGCUCAGCGAUGCCACCAUGGAGAAGGACGAGUCACACGCAGGCAAAGUGGUGCUGCGGAGCUGGUAUGAGAAGAACAAGCACAUCUUCCCCGCCAGCCGCUGGGAGCCCUACGAUCCCGAGAAGAAGUGGGACAAGUACACCAUCCGAUGAUGGGCACACCAAGGCCCCUGGCAUCCUUCUGCAUAUGCCAGGAAAGACUCAUCAGAAUAGGAAAUACUCAGAUUCCUAGACCCUGUAACUUCUAACAUCGUUUGAUGAGCUUAAUUUCUUACCUGAAAUUUAAUAAAGGCAAAGGGGUCCCAUUAUUCAA